GUGCACAGACAGCAGUGGAGGACAGUGAGAGGAUCUUUACUGAGCUGAUCAGCUCCAUGGAGAAAAAGCGCUGGGAGGUGACGGAGCUGAUCAGAGAUCAGGAGAAGGCUGAACUGAGUCGAGCUGAACGACUCCUGGAGCAACUGGAGCAGGAGAUUGCUGAUCUUCAGAGGAGAGUCACUGAGCUGGAGCAGCUUUCACACACACAUGAUCACAUCCAUUUCCUCCAGGUUUUAGCUUCUGGACGUCACUCUCCUCUCUUCCAAAGACCAGAUUUUCACACAUCCAGCGUCACUGUCCAUCAACAUCUCUCAUUUGAUGGAGUGAGGAAUUCUCUCUCAGAUCUGAAAAAGAGAGUCGAGGAAUUCUGUGAGGAGGAAUUCAACAAAAUCCCUCCACAUGCUGCAGCAGUUCAGAUCAUUUCAGAGCCAGAACCACAGAGCAGAGAAGACUUUCUGAAAUAUUUCUGUUAUCUGACUCUGGAUCCCAACACGGCACAUCGUCACCUCAUUCUGUCUGAGAAGAACAGAGCGGUGAGAGGCAGUGAGAGAGCGCAGCGUUACUCUGAUCAUCCAGAGAGAUUUGAUUCCUGGUGUCAGGUGUUGUGUAAGGAGAGUGUGUGUGGACGCUGUUACUGGGAGGUGGAGUGCAGCGGUGCUGGUGUUGUGUCCAUAUCAGUCUCAUAUAAAGACAUCAGCAGGAAAGGACGGGGUAAAGAGUGUGGGUUUGGAUUCAACAAUCAGUCCUGGAGUCUGCGGUGUUUUUCUUCUUCUCUCUCUUUCUAUCACAACAGCAUUAAGACUGAUCUCAGAGUUCCAUCCCCCUCCAGAAUAGGAGUGUAUGUGGAUCACAGUGCAGGAACUCUGUCCUUCUACAGCGUCUCUGACACGAUGAAGCUCCUCCACAGAGUCCACACCACAUUCACUCAGACUCUAUACGCUGGGUUUGGGCUCAACUUGUAUUCUACAGUGAGACUGUGUUCUCCAGAAUAAAAGUGUGUAGUGUUUUCUGUAAAA